AUGUCAAAAUCUGGAGAUGGCCAAGUUGCCCUUGUGACCGCGAGCUCAGCAGGACUUGGGGCAGCAGUGGCAAGGAGUUUGGCCAACAUCGGUGCCAGAAUUGUCAUCAACUACUGUCACAGCCGCGAGAAAGCAGAAGCUUUGGUCUCAGAACUUCAUCUACAAAGGAAGGGGUCAAUUGCAGAUGAAGAAGCAGCAUGUAAAAACCGAUAUAUUGCCAUUCAGGCUGACUUAAAUGUCCGGUCUGAUAUAAAGAAACUGGUUGAAGAGACUGUGCAGGCGAUGGGGAGAUUGGACAUUGUGAUCUCAAACCAUGGCUGGACAACGUUUACCAAUUUCAUGAACAUUGAGGAGAACAUCGACGAGGAAGACUGGGACCAUUGCUUCAGCAUGAACGUGAAAUCGCCGCUGUUGCUGUUUCAUGCUGCCAAAAAGCACCUCGAGGCCACUGAGGGAUCAUUCCUCACAGUGUCGUCGGUGUCUGGUAUCAAGCCUGGGGGCAGUUGCCUAGCCUACUCGGUAACGAAAGCGGCUCAAAUACAUUUAACCAAAUCUUUGGCAUUGAUCGCAUCCCCAAAAGUCCGGGUGAACACGGUGGCACCUAGUCUGAUGCUCACGGAAUGGGGAAUGAAGUUCCCUACAAAAAUGCACGACGCAGUACGGGAGAAGAAUCCUCUGAAGAAGAUCAUCGCAUUGGAGGACGUUGCUGAACACAUUGUCUCCGUUGCUCGAAAUCGAUCGAUGACGGGCACCACCGAAAUUGUCGACGCCGGGUACUUGUUAGUGUAA